AUGAAAGAAGAAGUGGAGAAUAAUAUUGCGAUGAUAUGUUGUGGAAUUCUCGGUGUGGUCGGAUUAUUUGUGAAUGGCUCUUGUGUAUGGUUAACUGUGAUGAUUAAAUCGCUUAACACAUCUUUCGGGUAUUUAACGAUGUUUCAUUCCUUAUCAAACGGCCUUCUAGUAUCGUCCUAUAUAUUUUGGGUUGCACCAUGUAUUUUCUUCGAUUUCUCCUCUUUGUUCGCCGUGAAUCGAUCCGUUGGUCAAAUGACGAUAAUCGCUCAAGCUGGUUCAUAUUUUUCAAUGUUACUACUGUCGUUGAAUCGUUUCGUUUGCGUUUUUGCGCCCACACGAUACAUGGAUUUUUUCACGAAUAAAUCAACUUUUAUUUAUAUAUCUAUAAUUACUAUUAUUUGUCUCGGCUAUGGUUGUGUUUAUUUUGAAGCUCCAUGUUUUUUCAUUUUUGAUCGAUCAACGCUAGAAUUUACGUUCAGCGCAAGUUCAUGUGGACAAAUUCUUUCGAAAUUUAUGGAUUUUUGGUUUGGUAUAUCCUUAUUUUCGCUUGUCUGCUGCCUCGAUAUAUUGACACUUAUUAAAUUGAGAUUGGUGAUCAGAGACAGAAACGUACAAUUAAUGUAUGGAUCUACGAAUCGAUUCAAAAAGGAUUUGCGCCUGUUUGCUCAGACAAUCUGUACGACAAUUCUAUUUUCAUUCACCGUUGUUUGUUUUCAUUAUAUUUCAACUAAUUUUGUUGAUCGAUUCACACGUUUUUGCUCUACAACGCUGAUCUGGGGGAUCAAUCACACUGGUGCCGGAAUCAUUGUGGCCGUUUUCAAUAAUGAAAUUCGACGUAAUAUCUUCCGGCCGCUACGGUCAAAAUAUUCCUCUUCGGCGGUGGUGACCUCUGUUGUUCUGCAUCGUACGAGAACCACCAUCAAUCGUAGAGUGUCCACCGUCCAGAGAAGCUAA